AUGAGUACAAAAAUUCUUCAGCGAAUGGCAGUUGCUGUGGUUGCUGCAUCAGCUGGUGUGUACAGCUGUUGCUUCGUCGUGCGUCCUGGAGAGGCUGCUGUUCUUUACAACAAGAUUACUGGUCUUAAAGACACAGUAUAUGGAGAGGGACUCCAGUGCCGCAUUCUUGGACUGGAUGAAAUCAAGCUCUUUAACAUCCGCGUUCGUCCACGUGUGUUGCAAACCAUGACUGGUACAAAGGAUCUUCAGAUGGUUAACAUUCGUCUGCGUGUAUUGUUUCGCCCACAAACUGAACGUCUACCUCAGAUAUACCGUACAUUUGGAAUGGACUAUGAUGAACGUAUUCUUCCUUCCAUCAGUAACGAGAUCCUAAAGGCGGUUGUGGCAGAGUACAAAGCGGAGGAACUUAUCCAAAAACGUGAUGCGGUCUCCGCUCGUAUUUACCAGCUGAUGCAAGAAAAGGUGACUCAAUUUGGUCUUGUUCUAGAGGACCUUUCUCUUGUGGAUAUUCAGUUUGGAAAAGAGUUUAUGAUCGCUGUGGAACAGAAGCAGGUUGCUCAACAGGAGGCGGAACGUUUCCGCUAUGUUGUACAGGAGAAUGAACAGAAGAAGAAGGCCGCUAUUGUACGGGCAGAGGGUGAGGCAGAGUCAGCACGUCUUAUUUCUGAAGCGAUCAAACGUUCUGGUGAUGGUUUACUGGAGCUUCGCCGCAUUGAGGCUGCAGUUGAUAUUGCAUCUCAGUUGGUUCCAUUACGCAAUGUGACUUUCCUCCCAGGCGGUAAUAAUAUGCUUUUUCAAAUGAAGAAUCCGAGCGGCUAA